AUGCUUCGCGUGACCGAGUUCACGCCGCUGCUCGUCCAUGACGACGACAGCCUGCGCCCCCCGCGUCGCCGCCGCAGCGUGUGGCAGUACGUGCUCGCGGGCGCGCUGAGCCUGGGGCUGCUGAGCCUCAUCAAGCAGGAGGACAGGGCGGGGGACCCCCUAAACGCUGUUGUGUCCUUCGACGCGACUUCGCCCCAAGCCGGCAGUGAUGACGUCGACGAAGUGGCGUUUCUGGCCAGCAUGGAGACCUUGAAGGACCCGUCGGUGGACCCUUGCGUGGACUUUUACCAGUACGCGUGCGGUGGUUGGCUGAACAGCCAUGAAAUCCCAUCGGACCGUCCAAGCAUCGACUCGUCCUUCUACGUCGUGUCGGAGACCAACAAGGACACGAUCCAGAAAGUGAUUGAUGCCAACCCGCCUCAAAUUGGACAGUUGUACCACUCUUGUCUCAAUGCGCAGGAGGUGGACCCUUCAGCUGCUCCAUUCGUUGUCCAGCUGAUUGAAAACGUCCACAAGGUAAACUCCACCCUUGCUUUGCUGGAGUACGCAGGCGAGUUGGACCAAUCUCUGGGCAUCAGCUCGUUCUUCCGUCUCUUCGUGGGGGCCGACCCGGAGGACCCUUCCACGAACGUCCUCCAGCUCGCCCAAGGUGGACUCACGCUGCCCUCAAGGGAAUACUAUUUGGAGCAGAGCAAGGUGGACGCCUACGCGACGCUCUACGUGGACUACGUGACCAAGUUGUUUGCCGUCGGGGACCUGGACAAGCACAACGCGAGUGAGUUCGCCCAGGCCGUGCUGGACACGGAGACGCAAUUUGCCAAGAUUUCUCUGCCCAACGCGGCGCUGCGGAACCCGUGGACGACCAACACGGCGUACCCAUUCGCGGAGAUCGCCACGAGGUACCCCUUCUUGAUGGCGUACUUGAAUGGGAUCAACAAGCUGGAGCCGUUCCCAAUGCUCCAUGCAAUAAUCGCGACGCCGGACUUCUUCGAGGCCCAGAACGAAUUGUUCAGUGACGAAUCGUUGCUGCCGCAGCUCAAGAAUUACUUGAGCUUCCAUCUGAUUGACUCGUUUGGCGCCGUUCUGGGGGAAUAUUUCCGUCGGGCGAGUCACGAAUUUCACGGUAAGAUUCAAGGCGCGGGUGCUCUGCUCCCUCGCGAUCAGUUCUGCGUGCGGCUUACGACGACGUUCCUGGGGGAUGAGCUGGGUGAAUAUUACAUGAAGGAGGUGUUUGGACCCGAUGCGAAGGCUGCGGCGCAGGCGCUCGUGGCGGAGAUUGAGGAGUCGUUGAAGGCGCUGCUGAUGACGGAGUCGUGGCUGGACAAAGUCACGUACGAUGCCGCGGUGGAUAAGCUCAACAAGGUCAAGAAUUACAUUGGAGGGCCAGAUGAUGUCCCGCCACUGCCGUUUGAGCUGCAAGCUGACGCGUUCUUCAACAACGUGAAGAGCUUGAUGCAACUCAACGCUGCGGCAACUAUUCGAGCCAUUGGCAAGCCGGUGGACGAACAAGCCUGGGAUAUGUUCCCUUCCACUGUGAACGCCUACUACGACCCAAGCGCCAACAAGAUGGUGUUCCCCGCAGCCAUUCUGCAGCCGCCGUUCUACAGCGCUGAGCACUUCCCGGCUGCGGCGAACUUUGCUCGGAUCGGGAUGGUGAUGGGCCACGAGUUAUCGCACGGGUUCGACGACCAAGGACGCAAUUACGACGGUAACGGGGCGCUCCGGUCUUGGUGGACUCCGUCCGUCUCUGCGGAAUUCGCUGAAAAAGCCCAGUGCUUGGCAGCGCAGUACUCGACGUUCCCGGUUGUGUCGAUUGAAGACGGACAUGUGCUCGGCACGGUUAACGGCAACCUGACUCUGGGAGAGAACAUCGCUGACAACGGAGGUAUUCACCUUGCUUACGAGGCUUACCACCUCUGGAAGAGCACGUUUGCACCUGGGCCGCCGUCCGAAGCACCUUCCCCACCAGCUGAAGCUCCCCCGCAGACCCCAGAGCCUGCCGAAACAACUCCAGCGCCAGCACCUGAGCCCGUGGAGACUCCUGCAGCUCCAGAGCCAUCCCAACCGAACCCCAACGAGGAUAUCCCUGCUGUGACGCCUGCUGCAGUGGUCCGAAUUCCAAGCGAUCCGGUGCCUCAACCAUCGGAAACUGGGCCAGGCGAGGAGAUUCCCGAGGUGACGCUGCCUGCACCCGUCUUUCCUGUCCCUGACGCGGUGACACCCGAGCCAGCACAAACCGGGCCGAGUGGGGAGAUCCCUGUGGCCACUCCGUCUCCACCUUCUGUCGUUCCUGAGCCCCAGCCUGCUGGCACUGGACCCGUGCCUGUCGUGCCAACCCCACCGGUUGUGCCUGACGUACCUCCCCCAGUGGCUACCGAGGCGCCAUCUGAAAAGCCUAAACACAAGAAGGACAAAAAGGAAAAGGAGGAACCUUCGGAGCCCAAGGAGAAGGAGCACGAUGACAGGCAGAAGCAUCGCAAGGGUGAAGACACCAAAUCGGACAAGACUGAGACUGAAGAGGAGGAGAGCAGAAGUAGCAGUGGCCACACGCAUUCUUCGGACAAGCACGGCGAAAAGAAGGAGAAGGACGUGGAGGACAAGAAGACACAUGAGGGCAAACACAGCGAUGAGAAGCAUGAGAAGGAAGAUAAAGACGAAAGGUCGUCAAAACGAGAGCACUCUGAUAAGCGCGACGAGGAAGAUGAAGGUGGUAACAAGCAUGGAAAGCACCGCGAUGACGAGGGUGAAUCCACGCACGAGGACGACUCGAAGAAACACGCAAAACAUGACGAGGAUGACGACGAUUCAAAGGGUCACCACAAGGAGGAGCGUGAUGAAGACAACGAGCAUGACGAGUCUGACAAAAAGCAUCAGCAUGAAAAGGUCGACGAGGAUAACCGUGAUAAACACGAACACAAACGUGACCGACGAGAAAGCCACCACCGCCGUGACGAAGAGAAGGAUGAGGAGGAGGGCCAUGAUCGUCAUGAAAGCAAGCAUCAUGGCCAUGGAGAACAUGACGAUCGCACGGAAGAAGAGGAAUCUGAUCGCCACGGUAAGGAAAAACACCGUCGGGGCGAUGAAGAGGAGGAGGAAGAUAGCAGACGCCAUGAGCACGACAAGCACGACAAACACGAAAGCAAGAAAGAGCGUCGCGAAGAGCGUCGUGAAGAACGUAAGGAGCGCGAGGAGCACAAGAAAGAAGAAAAAGAGGCUGAAAAGGGGAAGCACCGCCACCAUUCCGAUGAGGAGAAUGACGACGAUGAUAAGUCGAAGUACCACAAGAAGAAGCACCACAAUCGCGAAGAAGAAUGUGGCGACUGCGAGGAGGAGAAACACAAACGACACCACCACCACCACAAGCACGACGAAGAGGAGGAAUGUGGCAAGCACGGCGACUGUGGUUCCAAGCGCCACAAAUGGGCUCUCUCCGCCAACAAGUACCCGUUCUCCAGUGGGGACAUGAAGAUCCACAGCAUGGUCCAGAAGCUGGCCCGAGCCAUCGUGCAGCCAGGCGACCCCGUGGCGGACGAUCGCCUGUUCUUCACAGCUUUCGCCCAGAAUUGGUGCGAGAAGCGCACGCCUGGAUACGCGGAAUUGCUGCGCACGAUCGACCCUCACUCGCCUGGCAAGUGGCGCGUGAACGGUCCCCUGAUGAACUACGACAAGUUUGCAGAGGCCUUCUCGUGCCCCGUUGGCGCCCCCAUGAACCCCGAGAAGAAGUGCGUCAUCUGGUAAGGGAGGAGGUCACUGGACGU